GGCCAGACCCCGCCCCGCUGUUUCCGGUUGGGAGUGACGGAAGCGGAAGAGUCUCUCUCGGUAAUCUUUUGCUGUCUGUGUGUUGGUCGGUCUCCGGUGCCAAGAUGGGAAAAGGCGGCGGAACGUUCGAGAGACUGAUGGAUAAAGCCACCAGCCAGCUUCUGCUGGAAACAGACUGGGAGUCCAUCCUGCAAAUCUGUGAUAUGAUUCGGCAAGGAGACACACAAGCUAAAUAUGCAGUUGCUUCUAUCAAGAAGAAGGUGAAUGACAAAAACCCCCACGUGGCUCUUUUUGCCCUUGAGGUUUUAGAAUCUGUGGUGAAAAACUGCGGCUCAACCGUACACGAUGAAGUGGCCAAUAAACAAACUAUGGAAGAGCUGAAGGAGCUCCAGAAGCGAGUAGUGGAACCGAACGUUCGGAACAAGAUCCUGUAUCUGAUCCAGGCCUGGGCCCACGCCUUCCGCAACGAGCCGAAGUAUAAAGUUGUGCAGGAUACCUAUCAGAUCAUGAAGGUGGAAGGACACAACUUUCCUGAGUUCAAGGAGAGUGACGCCAUGUUUGCUGCAGAGCGCGCUCCUGAUUGGGUAGAUGCCGAGGAGUGUCAUCGUUGCCGUGUUCAGUUUGGAGUCGUCACGCGGAAGCAUCACUGUAGAGCCUGUGGGCAGAUUUUCUGUGGGAAAUGCUCUUCAAAGUACUCCACCAUCCCCAAGUUUGGUAUUGAGAAAGAAGUACGCGUGUGUGAGCCUUGCUAUGAACAUUUAAACAAGAAGGGAGAAGGAAAGUCUGCCACCAGCGGGGAACUGCCCCCAGAAUACUUAACCAGCCCUUUAUCUCAGCAAUCGCAGAUUAAAACAGAAGCAGCUGUGUCCGUCAAUGAACAAAGAGAAAGGGAUUUUACGACCCCGCCCAAGAGGGACGAAUCUGCUUUGCAGGAGGAGGAGGAGCUGCAGCUGGCAAUUGCUUUGUCACAGUCUGAAGCUGAAGAAAAGGAAAGAAUGGGAGUCCCCGCUAAUGCAGAUGGUUCUGGUCUUCACUUGCAGAGACAAAAGAACACGUAUGGCGUGUAUCCAAAAGCAGACCCAACCCCCGUCACCUCCUCUGCCCCUCCGGCCAGUACUCUCUAUGCCUCUGUGAAUUCCUCUGCUCCGCUUGCUGAAGAAGUUGACCCAGAGCUUGCCCGCUAUCUAAAUCGCAAUUAUUGGGAGAAGAAACAGGAAGAGGUGAGGAAGAGCCCCACCCCCUCCGCUCCAGUACCAACAAGUGAGCCUGCGGUGCAGGUGGCUGAAGUGCCGCCAGUGAACAUGGUCAGUGUGAUGGAGCAGCAGUACCAGAAUGGCGAGUCGGAGGAAAAUCACGAGCAGUUCUUGAAGGCUCUGCAGAACGCCGUCACCACUUUUGUGAAUCGCAUGAAAAGCAACCAUAUGCGUGGCAGGAGCAUCACCAAUGACUCGGCUGUGCUGUCCUUGUUCCAGUCUAUUAACAACAUGCACCCGCAGCUUCUGGAGCUGCUCAACCAGCUGGAUGAGAGACGCUUGUAUUAUGAAGGUCUUCAGGACAAGCUGGCCCAGAUCAGAGAUGCCCGCGGGGCUCUGAACGCACUUCGUGAGGAGCACCGAGAAAAGCUGCAAAGAGCUGCAGAGGAGGCCGAAAGGCAGCGGCAGAUACAGCUGGCACAAAAGCUAGAGAUAAUGAGGCAGAAGAAACAGGAAUAUUUGGAGAUGCAGCGCCAGCUUGCCAUCCAGCGCCUGCAGGAACAGGAGAAGGAAAGGCAGAUGCGUCUGGAGCAGCAGAAGCAGACCAUCCAGAUGAGAGCCCAGAUGCCAGCUUUCUCCCUGCCAUAUGCUCAGAUGCAGUCUCUGCCAUCAUCAGGUGGCGUCAUGUACCCACCCUCUGGCCCCAAUGCUUAUCCGGGCACCUUCAGUCCUUCUGGCUCAGUGGAGGGUUCUCCAAUGCAUGGGGUAUACAUGAAUCAACCAGGACAGCCUGGCGCUGGGCCUUAUACCGCCAUGCCUGGUACAGACCCAAACAUGGUUAAUGCCUACAUGUACCAAGCAGGAUCUGCAGCUCAGCAAGGGCAGCCAGUGCCAACUAAUAACCCUGCGUACACAUCCUACCAGCCCACUCCGACACAACCCUACCAGAACGUGGCCUCCCAGAGCAUGCCAUCCCAGAAUCCUCCUGCUAGCGGAAUGAAUUACAUGGGUGCACAGUCUGUCCCCAUGGGCUAUCAGCCAUAUAACAUGCAGAACCUCAUUUCUUCUCUUCCUGGACAAGACCCAGCGAUGACCAACAUGCCUUCUCAGCAACCUUUCCAUCCUGGACAACAGCAGAUGUACCAACCGAUGGCAGUAGGUGCCGGUCAGCAGCAGCCUCCACAGCAGCAAGCGUCACACGGCCAGCAAGUGUCGGGGGGCAGCGAAGCCCAGUUAAUCUGUUUUGAUUGAUACCUGGAAAUGCCCUUCGCUUCCCAGUCAUCUGUCAGAAUUAACUUCUUACCACCCCCAACACCACCACCACCACGGCUGGCAUUCCCUACCGACGUGUAGCAUGCUUUCUUUCUCAGUACUGUUGCAGUAAACACUACAUUUAUGUACCUGCCA